AGCCACUUAAGAAUCUCAUUGAAACGGUUUUCAAUAUGAAAUUUGAAUUGCCACUCCAACCCUAGUCCACCCUCUCCUCUUGCAACCUUCGCGAUCUUCCAUUCCAUCUGAUCGUGCUCUCUCCAAUCUCCAUCUGCUUCAACAGACUCUUCUACUGACCUGUCUAUCACUGUCCCAACCUAAUACCCUACAUCAUGCCUAAUACACACAUUUUGAAUUCGCCCCGUCCGCGAAAUUGGAAUCAAAAGACACUCGCAUCAUACCUGGGUGGGACACCAAAGGAGCUAUCGGAAUUGAAAAAUGCCUUGACGCAUCUGAUGCAAACUCAUGGAAAGCUAAAACAAACAUUCAAGUCCAUCGCGAUGCGAACCGAAUUGAAAAACUUCCUCGAAUCAAACCUCCGCAUUCUACCGCCGUUUGUCCAAGAUGCUACCUCUAAUGCGACGCGUAUGGAUGGGUUGAUGGGUAUGGCGUAUAAGAUCAAGAAUGAAUAUGUGCAGCAAUCGCGCGAGAAACGGGACUCUUUUGUUGAAAUGGCCACGACCAGUGACAACAGCGAUAGUAAUGAUAAUGAAGAGCCGGAGGAAUCGGAGCCACCAUCGCAACAGCAACCGCAGUCACAACCGCAGAUUGUGGUGAAAGAAGGACCAAACAGCAACAAUAAUAACAAUACCCAGCAAAACGCUCCAGAACCUGCUAAUUAUAACCAUAAUCAUAAUAAUCAUAAUCGAACAAGUGGCGAGGGCUCUGCCGCCGCUAUGGAGGAAUCGCACCCCGCAGAACCCCCAAGCAAAAGAAACAAAAUAUCACCACGUCCACCCGGCCCGGACAUACUCGCCCGCAACAUCUGGGUACUGAAUGAGAUCGACCAUACAAAGCACGGCCUAUGCUCCAUUCAAGAACUCCUGCGAAACGAAGAUCCUCGCAACCCCAAUCCAGCUCCUCAACUCGCUGACCUGGGCUAUGACCACUGGAUCAACAUCGUCCAAGCCCACUGCGGUUACGACUUCACCGUCCACCGUCUGGAGUAUCGACCUCCCGCCAACAUCAAUAUAAUAAUACAACCGAGAAGACUACCCAUCACAGUUCCCAUGUUCACCCAGAGCCAGUGGCGCGGUGCCAUGAACUCCCAACUACAAACAAAUCCAACACAGGAUCCUGUCUUCUAUAUGGUAUAUCAGUAGUUCGCCCCAGAACCCUCUACCCCAGAGCCGUUACCUCCCCAAAUACCCAGAUAUCAUAAUCCCUCAAACCACAGUGACAUGGUGCGAAUCAAACAAGAAUACGUGGAGAACGGGAUGCUUGGAUCAAGUCCAAGAGAGGACAGCAUGUAAUAUCCCCUAUUCAUGUUAUCGCGUGCAGCUUCAGAAUUACUUUACGAGAUACAGUACGGCCCAAACCCAAACAAAACUGAUGUGUCUGGCCGCACGAACGGGACUCAUUUACUUUCUUAGUGCCCCCCGGUAUAAA